GGCCGUUAUGUUCGAAACGACCAAUCGCUAAUCAAAGUGGCGAGUUUAAAUCCUGAAUGGCGGAAGGGGCCGGAAGAGUUUCAUCCAGAACGAGAGAAAAGCGCCCCAUCGAUAUGGCACAGUUUCUGUUUGAGAUUGACUUGCAUGGGCUGUUGAAGCUGGAUGCCCCUAUCCCCAAUGCACCUCCUGCUCGAUGGCAGCGCAAAGCUAAGGAGGCUGCUGUUGCCAGCUCUGGACCUACCCCUGACACCACCGCUCCUUCACCAAUGAAGCCAACUAACAGACCUCAUAGCACGAGCAAGACCCCCUCCAAGACACCAGGCAAGUCGGGUUCCAAAGCACAAAACACUCCAAACAAAACCGGAGGGGAUAGAUACAUUCCCAAUCGCAGUGCUAUGCAAAUGGAUGUGGCCAACUUCCUCUUGACCAAAGAGGAUUCCUCUGAUGAGACACCCACUAAGAAGGAACAUCAGAAGGCUUGGGCAAUGAAUCUGAAUGGUUUUGAUGUAGACGAGGCAAAAAUCUUAAGGCUGAGUGGGAAGCCUCAGAAUGCCCCUGAAGGAUACCAGAACAGUCUCAAAGUGCUAUACAGCCAGAAAAGCACACCAGGCUCCACUCGGAAGAAUGGUAGAUAUAUUGCCUCCAUGUCAGACCGGAUUCUGGAUGCCCCAGACAUUCGCAAUGACUACUAUCUGAACCUGAUUGACUGGAGUGCCCUCAACUUCCUGGCUGUGGCUCUGGAUAAAACAGUGUAUCUGUGGAACCAUGACUCCCGUGAAAUAAUACAGCUCAUGCAGAUGGAACACGCAGAUGACUACAUCUCCUCUGUGUCUUGGAUUAAAGAGGGAAAUUACCUUGCAAUCGGCACAAGUAACGCAGAGGUCCAGUUAUGGGACAUUCAGCAGAAGAAGCGUCUACGAAACAUGGUCAGUCAUUCAUCCCGUGUGAGCUCCCUGAGUUGGAACAACUACAUCCUAUCCAGUGGAUCAAGAACCGGUCACAUUCAUCAUCAUGAUGUUCGUGUGGCAGAACACCAUGUGGCAACACUGGCUGGCCACACACAAGAAGUGUGUGGGCUCAAGUGGGCACCUGAUGGUCGUUAUCUGGCCAGUGGAGGAAAUGACAAUCUGGUAAACAUCUGGCCAAGCACCCAAGGGGACAGUGGGUCAUUUUGUCCUAUGCAUACUUUCACACAACAUCAGGGAGCUGUCAAGGCUGUAGCUUGGAGUCCAUGGCAGUCUAAUGUACUGGCAACAGGAGGUGGAACAAGCGACCGGCAUAUUAGAAUCUGGAAUGUGUGCUCAGGUGCCUGCCUCAAUACAGUGGAUGCACAGUCCCAGGUGUGUGCUGUACUUUGGUCUACAAAUUACAAAGAACUUGUGUCUGGUCAUGGAUUUGCCCAGAACCACCUCGUGGUGUGGAAAUAUCCAUCCAUGUCCAAGGUCACUGAGCUGAAAGGUCAUACAGCUAGGGUGCUAAGCCUAACUAUGAGCCCAGAUGGGUCCACAGUGGCAUCGGCAGCAGCAGAUGAAACAUUGAGGCUCUGGCGAUGUUUUGAGCUGGACCCAGCACGCAAGAAGGAGAAAGAGAGCAGCACCAAGAGCAGCAUUAUCCAUCAAGGCAUUCGCUGAGCCUAGUUCCACUCCCUCCCUAACCUAUUGCUUUAUGUACAGAAUUUUAAACAAUUUAAUAAAUACUUCACACUCCUUCCAGAAA